AUGCCUCCGCCCAUCGUGUCCGCGCUCCCACCAUCGCCAGACUUGGUCAACGCCCACCAUGGCGUGUCGUCGGCAAACAUUACACUCGGACCGGACAAUGCCACUCCGACAAAGUUCCACAACCCAUGGCCGUCGUACCGCUUUGCAACGCUGUCAGACGCCUGGCUCGCGUACCAAAAGGGAGCAGCGAUUGCCACUCCACAGCUGCCGACGCCGACCCCGUCUAGACCCGGGUCCCGCGCCGCCUCGCUCCAUGCUCCAUCAAUACGACGUGCAGCAGGCGGCUUCCGCGACAACCCAGAUCCGGAAGCCGGUACCGGCAUCGGUAAUGGUCGUCCGGAACGCCCAUUGUCGCAGCGAAGGAAGUCGUGGCUCACCCCCGACGACCCCGACGAUGCCGCCGACGAGGAUGCAGACGAGGAUGCAGACGAAUACGACGACGAGACAGCUGCGAUGGACGACGAGCCCGAGUUUCCUCUCCAACACCCGUACCUCAACGACGUGAAGGGAUACGUCCGGCCAGCGUUCAGCCGUAUCAUGACCCAGGACGACACGGACGAUUGGCGCGAACCACCGAUCCAGGUGCAGCGUCCACAGUGGCCGCGCAGCGGCGAAAGGGGAGCCGUGACGUGGCUCGGACAUGCCGGUGCGCUCGUGCAGAUUCCAUGGAACGACUCGGCGAGCACCAGUUCCACUGCACCCUUGUGUGGCGUUCUGUUCGAUCCCAUUUUCAGCUACCGGUGCUCCCCCAGCCAACUGGUCGGCCCAGCUCGCCACCUCGACCCACCAUGUUCCGUUGACGAGCUCCCGCCCAUCCACCUGUGUUUGAUCAGCCAUGACCACUAUGACCACCUCGACUAUAACACAAUCUUGGACCUGUGGGCCUUCCACGCUGCCACUGUGCACUUUGUCGUCCCGAUCGGGCUGGGAAACUGGUUCCGGACAAGCGGGAUCCCAGACUCGCGCAUCACAGAGCUCGACUGGUGGCACGAGGCCCUCGUCACUUUUCCCUCUGUGAACCGGACCCCGCCCGUCAACGAGCCCCUGUCGACCUAUCCCCCCGAGACGACCCCGACCGUCGACCCGACCGCUGCCCUCACUCUCAAAGUGGCAUUCACGCCAGCACAGCACCGCUCCGGCCGUGGAAUCUUUGACCACAUGUGCUCCCUGUGGGGCAGCUGGUGUGUCGGUGUCGUUGGGCCCGGUCGCGAGGCCGACGCCCUCAGGCCGGGCAUGCUGGGCUGGACCGACUUCAAAGUGUUCUUUGGCGGCGACACGGGAUAUCGGUACGCGACUGCACCCGACAACGACGCUACAGCCGUGUGCCCCGCGUUCCAGGAAAUCGCGCAGAAAUACUCGCCAUUCUCACUCGCGUUCCUGCCCCUGUCCACAGGCAGCAGUCUCCCGUUCCUCCGCUCCCUCCUCUCCCUCUCGCUCGACCAGUACACCCUCACGUCCAGCUUGCACUGUUCCCCCGCGGACAGUCUGGCCAUCCACGCGACCGUCGGCGCGCAGCGGUCCGUCGGCAUCCACUGGGGAACGUUUUGCGAUGCCGCCGAGGCACGCGCGACGCGUGUAGAGUUUGGACGUGCGAGGAGGGAGCAUGGCGUCAGUGCCGACUGGGAUGAGGUCGGUGGCAAAGGAUCGUUUGUGGUGGCGGAUAUUGGCAUGGUCAUGGAGCUGUAG